CACACGCAAAAAGUUUGCGAAAAUUGCCAAAAUAACGCAGAAGAAAGUUUUUUAAGUUGUUUGUCGAUACAGUCCGUUGAAUUUGCAUUUGUUAUGAAAAUUGUACACAUUUAGCAGCAGGGAAAUAGUUUCAAAGUGAUGUCGGAAGUGCGAGCGAAGAAAGCCCUCGCGGAGCUGGUCAAGAAAUCCGGAACCACGUACAGCGCGGACAACAUCUUCACCUUCUUCCGGAAUAAGGAUGGCAAGGUGAGCAACAAGCGGCUCGGAGCCCUGCUGGCACAGAUCUUCAAAACGACCCCGAACGGGGCCAAAUACGUGGAGGAGUUCGUUUCGUCCAACCCGAAGGACACGUACGGGGCGUUGAUCGUGCUUCUCAACACCUUUGUGCAGGACUGCAAGAACGCGCACGCCGAGAAACCGCUGGCCGGACCGGAGGUGGAUUCCGUCUCGAAGCGGGCGAAGAUUUUCGAGAGUCCUCCGCUGUCCUCGACGAGGAUCGUGACGGAGCAGAUUACGCCGGAGAGUGUGCAGGAGAUUCGGGAGAAGAUUGUGCAGACCACGAUUGGAGCGGCGGCGGCCGCUGCCGGGGUGAAUCGAUCGGCUGGGUCGCUUCCGGCGGCGGCGUUGAUUCCGCAGACGUUCGAGUACCUGUCGAAGAAGGGUUCGAUCGUGACGUGGAACUUUAACUACGAGGAUCUGUACCCGAUGCAGAGCAAGAACGUGGCAGCGAUUCCGCUCAGCUCGCAGGAGCCGAUCGUGUUGAAGGAGUUGCUGGAUUGCUUGGUGGGCGUGAAGGGGUCGCUGCUGUCGCCGAAGAAGUCUAGCCGGAACGUGGUUGGGGUUUAUCCGGUUGAGUUUGAAAUCUCCGAGCAAAUUGAAGACUCGCUGAAGGACAUCGUGCGGGAGAUUCUUCCAUUGGCGUCGCAUUACUCGCAGGUUCAAGAUUUUAUUGCUGCGUCCAGUUCACUCGAAAGUGGCCAAAUUCUGCAGGCACUCCGUGCCGCGCUUCAGUCUAUCGUCAAUGAUUACUAUCUUUCGAUCACCCAGCUGGAAGAUCUGUUCCUUAAGCAGCAACUAACAUUCCACAAGUUGCUGUACUUCUUGCGGCCGGUGUUCCACACGAUGGAGGUCCUCGCGGAGACGGUGACCGCAAUUCGGCAAACCAACUGCCGCGGUGGAACCGUCUUGACGCUGCUGCACGAUAAGAUAACUUCGACCACGGGCGACGAGAAGAGCCAGAAGGUGCUGAUCCACCUGAUUGAGCAGGCGGCCGUGCCGUACAUGGAGAUGCUGCAGCUGUGGAUCCGCGAGGGCGUCAUCAGCGAUCCCCGGCGGGAGUUCCUGAUCGAGCAUAACGUGAUGGAUCUGGCCGAGAACGAGCUGAUGGACUACUGGGAGCGGCAGUACACCAUUCGGGCGGACAAGGUGCCGUGCUUUUUGAACAAGUACGCGGACGUCAUUCUGCGCACCGGAAAGUACCUGAACGUGAUUCGGGAAUGCGGAAGUUCCGUCGACUAUCAGCAGCAAGUGACGGCCACCCUGCGGUACACCCACUCCGACCAGGGCUACAUCACGACCAUCGAGGACGCGUACAACUUCGCCUCCUCCUCGCUGCUGAAUCUCAUCAUGGACAAGUACAACCUGAUGGGCCGUCUCUACUCCGUCAAGCGGUACUUCCUACUCCAACAGGGUGACUUCAUCUCUCAGUUCAUGGACGCGUGCGAGGAAGAUCUGAACAAGGACGUGGACAAUCUGCGCCCGAUGCGGCUCGAAAAUCUGCUCGAAGUAACGCUGAACAUGUCCUCGGCACGGUACGACGAGUACCACGACGACCUGAAGACGCAACUGCUGCCGUACGGGAUCGUCACGCAAAUCUCGAAAAUUGUCAAAAAAGAGGACGUCUUUUUGGACGCCCUCGGGGACACUUCGCAGCUGAAGGGCAUCGAGUGCUUCACCUUCAGCUACAACGCCCAGUGGCCGGUUUCGAUCGUGCUGAACCGCCUCACCAUCUCCAAGUACCAGAUGAUCUUCCGGCAGUUGUUUUAUUUAAAGUAUGUCGAGCGGAUUCUGUGCCGCGUUUGGAUCGCCAACAACCGGACGAAGCAGUUCGCGCCGCAAACGGCCAAGCUGUACCGAUCGGCGUUCACGCUGCGACAAAAGAUGCUGAUUGCCAUCCAGAACUUUGAGUCGUACAUGAUGAUCGAGGUGAUCGAACCCAACUGGCACAUCUUCUACCAGAACAUCAAGCAGAUCAAAAAUAUCGACGAUGUGCUAAACUACCACCAGGACUUCCUGGACCAGUGUAUCAAAAACUGCAUGCUGACUGAUCCGGACCUGCUGAAGAACAUCAUCAAUCUGUGCAACAUUUGCAUCCAGUUUUGCGCAUUCCUUGCGGAGGCACAGCGACACUUCGUUGACGCGGAGCUCUGUUCGAUGUUGGCCUCCACCGACGACUUUUCGCUGUCCUCCGAGUCCGACUAUGACUUUGCAUGCCAGCAGGACGCCACCACGAUGGAACCGACGGAGACGUUCUCCGAGCGGGUCGAGCACUUCCGGGCAGACUUUACGAACCUGCUGCUGUCGCUGCUGCGCAAAAUCACCGACAUCGCCACCCAGAACCCGUCGGAGAAGUUUAUCAACCUGAUUCACCGAAUCAACUUCAACUCGUAUUACAGCGACAACUUUGAGAGUUGCCCGUAAGGUGAAAACUUGGUGGAACCAGAUUGGCGCGCGCUCGCUCUCUCCGUUUGCUGUUUAGUCUUAUGAAUAAUCACGUUGCCAAAGCGUACCUGCCGUUCGUUCCUUUGCCGCAAACAAUCUCCUCCCCAGUAAGAGUGUGGACCAAUUGAGAUUCCGCUCGCCGACUAACAAAACAGCAAAACUCUGUUUUUAAAAACGAUAAAUAGAAUACGCACUAAAUAAAACUAAUAGCUAACUGAG